AUGCUAAGUCUUCUGCAUGUAGUAUGCUUUUUAUGUGCAUUUGGUGGAUUGCAAUCAAUUUUUUAUGAUACAGAUCCAUUUCAAUUUGAUUGUUUGCGUUACUUUUCAAUCGGUUCACAUAUUUUCGGCAUAAUCAAGUAUUGUAUUCGUCCAACCAAUGAUCAGAAUCCAAGAAUGAUCGAUUUUUUCAAUAUAAGUCAUCAAAAUUUUACUUUCGACGAAUUACAUCGUUUGAAUGUCACUUCAUAUGAAGUCCUCUUAUGGUCAUCUUCGAUCGAUCUUGCUGAACGAUAUCAAUAUUAUAUCGAUCAAUCGACUAAAUCUAUUCGAUUGAAUGAACAAUUUUUCAAUUGCACACCACCAUGGUUUGGUUCUCGUUGUCAAUAUUCUUUCGAAGUAGUAUCGAAUUUUGCCGACGCGAGAUUAAAUGUUCAAUGGAAAUCUCAUAUGACUGAUGCUAUUACUCAUCGAACAUGUUACAUUCUACUAGAAUGUGAUCGUGGUACUGCAUCAAUGUGUCUCGAUUGGCGUGAAAUAUGUGAUGGUCGAAUUGAUUGUUUCAAUGAUGGUAUUGAUGAGAGUCAAUGUUUUGAAUUAGAAAUCAAUGAGUGUAAUGAAAAUGAAUUUCGAUGUCAUAAUGGAUUAUGUAUUCCAAAACAGUUUUGGAACGACGAAAAUGACGAGGCCGAAUGUCUUGAUAAAUCGGAUUUAUUGCAUAUACUUGAUUGUCCGGAUAUCUAUCUUCAGGUUUCCAUUUUUGGCUGUGCAGAAUAUGCGUGUCGACCCGAUGAAGGUCAAUUUCCAUGCGGCGAUGGACAAUGUGUAGAAGAUUUUGGUAUAUGUCACAAUGGACGGCAUCUCCUGUUAAUCGAAUCGCUCAGUGUUCAAGGAAACCUGCCAUAUGAUUGCUGGAUAGCUAUAGCUUGUCUCAGUAAAAUCACCGAUCAAGUUAAUGAAGUAUUAUGUGAACAGUUCGUUAACCUUUCUCAAAUUCUUCCUCGACUAGAAACUUGUAAAUAUCCUAUUCAAUUUCCAACUAUUCCUGUACUUUUAGGUCAUGUACGCUUUUUAUACCAUCCGAAACAGAUUUUUAAUAUCAGUAUUAAAUUAGCUCUCGUACCCGAUUAUGUUUGCUAUGAUGAACAACUAUGUGAUUUUCUCAUACCUACAUUUCAUCAUGAAAAUUUGACUUGUCGAUAUGGUCAUGAAAUGGGUCUUGGGUCGGAUGUCGAGAACGAUGGAAUAUGUUUGCAAGAUCGACCAACAUGUCCGGAGAGUAUUCUAUGUGUAUGUGCCGAUUGUUUCUUCGGUGAUCGUUGUCAAUUCUAUGCUAAAGGCAUCGGAUUGACAUUGGAUGACAUUCUACGUUAUACAAUUCGACCGAAUUUAACCUUCAACGAUCAACCAAUUGUCAUUAUAUUGAGUGCAGUUCUCAUUAUGAUCAUAUUUAUAGCUGGUUUGUUAAAUAGUCUUCUCGCUUAUUUGGUAUUUCAUCAUCAAAAUUCUCGUCAAGUUGGUUCUGGAAUGUAUCUUCAUCUAUCAUCGAUUGUUUCUGGUCUUGUUGUUAAAUUAAGAUUGACUGGUUCGAAAUUGGGUUGUGGUGAAGGUGGUUGUGGAGCUUGUACAGUCUUAAUUUCACGAUGUAUUAAUCGAAAUUCUGGUGAAAUUGAACAUAGAAGAAUAAAUGCAUGUUUAACACCUGUAUGUUCUAUUGAUGGAUGUCACGUUGUCACUGUGGAAGGAUUAGGAUCAACUAGCAAGUCAAAUCUUCAUUCUACUCAAAUACGUCUUGCAGAAUUAUUUGCUUCACAAUGUGGUUUUUGUACACCAGGUAUGGUUAUGUCUUUAUAUGGAACAGUUACAUCAAAAGAUAAUUCAUUACCAACAAUGGAAGAUAUUGAGGAAGCUUUUGAUGGAAAUCUUUGUCGAUGUACUGGAUAUCGACCAAUUCUUGAUGCUGCAAAAACAUUUGCAUGUGAUAUUAAUAAACUAGAUUAUCAAAAAUCUUCAUCACCAAGAGUAUCAACUACAUUCGAUAAGUGUUUCUCCUAUGCUCAUCAAAAUACAUCACCAAUCAAUCGAGUUCCAUUUCCUGACAAACUGCGAGAUUAUAUUCCUCAAUCCAUCCAUAUAAAAGGUACUUCGUUUGAAUGGUAUCGUCCAAUAUCAUUGAAUGAACUUAUUCAACUUCGUCAUAGUUAUCCAGGUAAUCAAUCCAAACUUAUUUUUGGUAAUACAAGAGUAGAACUUGAAAGAAAAUAUAAUCAAAUGAAUUGUUCUCGCUUGAUAUCAAUCACACAUAUUAGAGAAUUACAAGAACUAAAACGAACCGAUGAUUCAUUAUAUAUUGGAGCUGGUGUUACAUUUGCACGUUUAAAAUCUAAAUUAGUUCAAUGGAAAAAUGAAGAUAAAUUUUGCCAAGCUUUACUCGAUCAAAUGAAACAUUUCGCAUCGACACAAAUUCGAAAUGUUGCUUCGAUUGGUGGAAAUAUAAUUUCUGCUUCACCUAUUUCGGAUAUCAAUCCUGUAUUAGAAGCUGCAAGUGCUAUACUUGAAUUACAUUGUGCUGAUAAUGAAAAAGUACGUCAAAUUCAAUUGUGUGAUUUUUUUCUUGCUCGUCGUCGAGAUGAUUCAAAAGGAAUUGUUAGUGCUGCAUUUAAAGUUGAACUUGAAAAAUUGAAUUCCAUUGAUAAUCAAUGGAAAAUUAUUUCAAUUUGUUUUUCAUUUGGUGGAAUGGCAUCAAAAACUAUUUCACCAAAAAAUAUUCAACAACAAUUAAUCGGAUUGUUAUGGACAAAACAAACGAUUAAUCAAACAUAUGAGUUAUUGAUUAAAGAAAUAUCACUUGAUGAAUUAAGUCCAGGUGGUCAAAUUCAAUACAGACGAACAUUAAUGCAAUCAUUUCUCUUUAAAUUUUAUUCAUAUGUAUGUAAUGAAUUACGUGAGUCAGUAAUUGAUUCUGUUGAUUUUUCUUAUCAUCGAGAAAUAUCUCAUGGUCAACAGACAAUACCUGAACGACCUCAAACGCAAAAAUAUGUUGGUAGUUCAUUAUCACAUCAAUCUGCUUAUUUACAUACAACAGGAGAAGCUAUAUAUGUGGAUGAUAUGCCAUCACAUAUCAAUACACUUUAUAGUGCACUUGUACUUAGUACAAAAGCAAAUGCACGAAUAAAACAUAUUGAUAUUGAUGAUGCUUCAAAAGUUGCAGGUUUUGUAUCAUUUGUUAAUUAUACUGAUGUACCAGGUUCGAAUAAAUUGGAUAAUAUUUUACCUGAUGAAGAAGUAUUCGUAUCAUCGAUUGCACUUUGUGUUGGUGCUAUUAUUGGUCUUGUUGUUUGUGAAUCUGAACAUGCAGCUAAAUUAGCUGCAAAUCUUAUUAAAAUUGAUUAUGAAUUAUUGUCACCAAGAAUUCUUUCGAUUGAAGAUGCUAUUGAUCAUCAAUCUUAUUUUGGAAAUGAAAUUUGUCUACAAAGAGGUGAUGUUGAGAAAGUUUUUCUAGAUGCUGAACACGUUUUAGAAGAUAUAUUAUUUAUUGGCGGUCAAGAACAUUUUUAUAUGGAAACACAAUCAUCAUUUGCACUCGGUCGAAAUGUUAAUCGUAUAACAUGUCAUGUUAAAAGAAUUGGUGGAGCAUUUGGCGGAAAAGAAACAAGAUCUUUACCCCUUUGUGGUGCUGUAGCAGUAGCUGCUGUUAAACUUGGUCGUCCUGUUUGA